AGUCCUAUCAGUUUCCAGGUUUUCAGGGUUUGCUUCAGGACAACGAUACACUGCGUCUGGGCCUGGACUUCCAGAGGUUGCUACGCAUCAACCACAUGUUGUACAUUGCCGCCAGGGAUCACGUGUUUGCUGUCAACCUGACGACAGCUUCAGAGGAGUUCAUACCUCAGCUGAAGCUGACGUGGCGAUCCAAAGACGUCAGCAAGUGUACCGUCAGAGGGAAGAACAGCGACGAGUGCUACAACUACGUCAAAGUGUUGGUGCCUCGAAACGAUGAAACGCUGUUCGCCUGCGGUACCAACGCGUUCAACCCCACCUGCCGAAACUACAAGAUGACCUCCUUGGAGCAGGUCGGGGAGGAGGUGGUCGGUCAAGCUCGCUGUCCCUUCGAGUCUGGUCAGUCCAACGUUGGACUGUUUGCUGGUGGAGAUUUUUACUCGGCCACCAUGACGGAUUUCCUGGCCAGCGACGCCGUCAUCUACAGGAGUCUGGGAGAUGGGCGACCCGUCCUUAGGACCGUGAAGUACGACUCCAAGUGGCUCAGAGAGCCUCACUUCCUGCACGCCAUCGACUAUGGUAACUACGUCUACUUCUUCUUAAGUGAGAUCGCAGUGGAGUACACCGCCCUGGGCAAGGUGGUGUUUUCUCGAGUCGCCCGGGUUUGUAAGAACGAUAACGGAGGUUCUCCUAGAGUUCUGGAGAGAUACUGGACUUCUUUCCUCAAGGCCCGUCUGAACUGUUCGGUUCCCGGAGACUCGUUCUUCUACUUCGACGUCCUUCAGUCUCUCACCAAUGUGCUGCAGAUCAACCAGAGACCUGCAGUGGUCGGAGUCUUCACCACUCAGGCCAACAGUAUCCCCGGCUCAGCAGUUUGUGCUUUCUACAUGGACGACAUAGAGAAAGUCUUCAACGGGAAGUUCAAGGAGCAGCGGACCAGUGACUUAUCCUGGACUCCGGUACCUGAUGAGCAAGUUCCAAGACCAAGGCCUGGUACGUGUGCAGGCGACGGUCCGGCUGUGGACUACAAGUCGUCCGUUCAGUUCCCAGACGAGACGCUGACGUUUAUCAAGUCGUAUCCGCUGAUGGACGAAGCCGUUCCCUCCGUCAACGACCGGCCCUGCUUUACCAGGACCUCCAGCAGGUCCAAGCUGACCCAGAUCGUGGUGGAUGUUUCGGCCGGUCCCUACAAGGACCGGACUGUGAUGUUCCUGGGCUCAGACGACGGCAGAGUCCUCAAAGUUUUGGCCAGCACGCAUCCCAACGACAGCUUUGGAUCCAAACUACUGGAGGACAUUGACGUCUACAACCCGUCCAAGUGUAAUGUUCAGGGUCAGGAGGACAGGAGGGUUCUGGGACUGGAGCUGGAUAAAGACCAUCAUGCUUUGUUCGUAGCCUUCACCAGCUGUGUCAUCAGAGUGCCGCUCAGCCGCUGCACCCAACAUGGAGCCUGUAAAAAAGCCUGUCUGGCCUCUCGUGACCCAUACUGCAUCUGGCUGCGGACCGGGAGUUGUGCCAACAUGGCGCCAGGUUUCAAGUGUUCGUCGUCUGCCAGAGAUGGACCAGCGUGCCGGUGCAAACGUCCACUACACCCUGCUGAUCGCCUGCGUGCUGGUGGCCUUCUUCCUGGGCGCCAUCUUGUCAGGUUUCCUUGUGUCGUGUUACUGCAGCCGCAGCGCCGCUCAGCGAGCGAGGAGAAUGGGGAAAGACCCAGAGGCGUCGCUACCUCACGCCCUAUCGCUGCGAUCCCUCGCCAAGCUCAACGGACUGCUGGACGGACAGCCGAAGGAGGACAAACUGGACGUGUCCACCCCGAAGAUGUAUAGCUCCUUCAUCCCCAAUGGCCGGUCAGAGCCUCACCUCCACACCCCCGGACACCAGGGCCUGCCGCUGGGAGACCCUGACCUUAGCCUCUCCCAGUCCCUGUCUCAGGGUGAUGGAGAGCUGUCCGGCCUGCCCACGCCUGACUCCACUCCGGAGCUUCCCAUUAAGAACAUGAAGGCCCUGCGGCACCAUCAGUACGAGAAGAACCAGAACUGCAACAACGCCAAGGACAACAACCCCCAGUCUGGGCCCAGCUGCUCUGGAUCCAGUCUGGGUUUCAUGGCCGUUGUUGGGAACUCUUUGACCCAACAGGUGUUUCCCUUCUCUCAUCACCACAGCAACAGUUUCAGCAACGGAGCAGCUCAUGGAGCAGGUGCUUCUUCGACUUCACUGCACCUCCCAGAGGAGAGGAAGAUCUCCAAUGAUGAGCGAGCAGCAGGAGCAGGAGGAGGUGGAGGUGGCGGGGGAGUCCCACAUCACCACCACUCCCAGCAGUCCCUUCCCCAGACAGUGGUGGACGUGUCGGCAUUGGAUGAGCUGCUCAAGCACAUCCAUGAGGUCAGCGCGUCGGGGACCGGAGGCAUCAAGGUUCUCACCUCCACCUCCUCAUCCUCUCUGUUCCCCGGGCCCUCCUCAUCUUCUUCUGGAGGACAUAAUCAUCAUCACCACCAUCAUCAUAAUCACCACGGCCAGACCCGCACCCACCACUACAACCACAGCCAUCACCAUAGCAACCACCACAACAAUAACAGUAGCGGCAGUAGCAGUCACCAUCACCAGCAGCAGAUCCCUGAAACAGAAUCCGCUUCGUAUUACAGCACCUCCACGUUGCCGAGGGAUGGCCUCCCCAAGCGCCUGGACGCACCGACUCAAAACUCCACCUCAUCAUCUGCCACUUCCUCUUCUUCCUCCUCCUCAUCUUCCAACAACCCCACCUCCUCCACCUCCAUCCCUUCUUCCUCCUCUUCAUCCUCCUCAACUCCGCUCCAGCAGCAGGUGAUUCCAGAGAGACCCGGAGGAAGCAGCGUCUCAGUGACACGCCACCACUCUCAACGCCAAUCCCUCAUCAAGAUGGGCAGUGGGGGCGGCGCUGUGCCACGCAACCACAGCUUCAACCAACGGGGGCACGCACACUUUUUAGCCAGGAUGAACACCAACAGCAGCAGCAACGGCCCCCCAGGCGCGAGCGGGGCAGCUAAUGGGAACACCAACGACGAGAACCAGCGUCCAUCGAUCGCUAGCACUUGCCUGACACGGCAGCACAGUUACAGCGAAGGGCCACAUGUGCAGCGGGCGGCAAUCGUCCGGAGAACAGCGUCGCUGAAACCCCAAGUCCCGCCCAAACCGCUGUUCCUUCCGAACACAGCGACAUCACCGGUAGCAGAGGCAGGAAAAUACUACUAAUACUACUGAGACUGAAAGAGGAAGUGGUGCCAUUCCAACAUGGCUCCUACAGCCCUAAAAAGCAAAGUUCUCCGUGUCUGCAGGGCUUGUGAGAAAUAACAAAAUGAGGGCAUUGAUGGGACGAAAAGACACAAAAGAGACUUCAGAGCUUUUUGUUCCCAUCACUCCUCAUUACGACCCUUCAGUUGUGGUUAUCCUGCUGCUGAGAGGACGCCGUCCAUCGCCUGUCUGAGUCACGACCGCUGCAUUGUAGAUGCUUUGCUCAAAGAGCAGAGCCACACAGACAGACACUCUGAGGAUCGACAAAUAAACAAGAUCUCUGACUCAUUUCUUCGGGUAGGCGGGGCUGCUCGUGGCGACUUUCCCCACACGACGGACUGCGGAUCAAAACCGGCUCAGACGAGUCUGAAAAACAUUCCAAAAGGAGGGCGAAAGAUGUUAAUGAUUCAAAAGGAGUCCCCAAGGCUCGAGGUGGCCUGAAAAAUUCUUGAUUAAUGCAGUUUUCUUAUGAGUGCUUUGAUCUAAUGUCCCCAGUUGUUGCACCUUGGCACGGGGCCCGGAUUUCAUUUGCACAGAUUCAAAAAGGCAGGGAAUCGGACUGCUGCAGAUCUGACAUGAACUGAAUCUGGGACCGCUGGGAGUGUUGAAGGUUUCUCCAGGACUCUGAGUGAAACGAUGGCAUUUCUUUCCACAGGAGAAAUCAAACAAAAGUCAUAUAAUGUCAAACAAUGCCCAGAGGGUAAUUCCUUUCCUUUGGAAGUCUGUUUGUCCCUCUGAAUUCCGUCUGGAAAAUUGAAUUUGAGAGGACGGUUCACACUCAAGUCCAAAGGGGCAGAAAAAAAAAACAAUGAGUUUUUUGUUAUCACAUCCAAUGCUUCAAAAUGACGGGAUGUUCAAGAGAUGGAGAUUUUUGUACACCAACACAUCAGCAGCACUUUGAGGAAAAGACGGUUGUGCUUUAUGAGCUAUGGUAUUAUAUCCAAAUGUCAAAAUUCAACAGCCACCCUGAUAGUCCAUACAAACCAGAUGAAUGUUCUUUUUUAUACCAUAUUGGUAUCUGAAAAACAAAGAAAGCAUUAAUGUUGAUGGUGUUUUGUACGGAGCCCAGGAGGUGUUCGAGGGAGGAUAAAAGACUGCCUCAAAUUAGAAAUGUAUGCACUCAAUACACUCCUUCAAUUUAGUAAUUUGUAUGUUCAGAUUAUUUAAUUGAUUCUCUUGAAUUAAUAAUUACCCUCAAAUGACUUAAUGUGCCCCUUCCCUUCUCUCUUUUGCAUCCGGCUUUAUGUGUGAAAAGCUCUGAAACCUCAGAGCAGAAUUUUCAUGAACUGGCAUCUGCAGGAUCUAUAAAAUAUGUUUAAAGGGAAGUGAAAGAUAAAGUGAAAGUGUAUUAAAUCCGUCAAGUCCGCUGUUAACUUCAGGGUAUUAAUUAAGACAUUUGAGGGAAUAAAAAUGUUUUCUCAUCCCUUACUGAGCUCUGUAGUCAUUUACAGCUUGAGGUAGUACCGAAAAGGGGAAAGAAAAGACAGCUCACAGAAUGAAAAGUAUAAUAAAAUUCAGCCUUUUUUUCAAAAUGUCAAUUCACCCAAACUACAAAAAGAUGAAUUAUCUUAUUUACUGCUAGUGCAGUGGUUCCCAAAGUGGGUGUCCUGCCCCCCUGGGGUACCAAGGGAGUGCAAGAGUCGUUCAUUUUCAGUGUUUCUACUGUACAUUUUACCAAAAUUGACAUUUUCGUUAACUACAAAUUCACGUUGCGUCUUAAAACAUGUCAAAAAGACAAGAAAAAGAAGCAAUAAACAUUAAAGUUACCAUAGUAGCAAGACUAAGAGUCUGCAGCCAGUGAAUGACAACCUACAUACAGCCAUAUCUGUUUAAAGGUUAUAUAUGUGAAAUCUACUUUCCACUGAAUGUUGCACAAGAGCACCAGCAUCUCAAAUAGGAACAGUUGGCGCUACGGCCAGCCAGACUUCAUUGACAAAACAAGUAAUUUUACCUUUCAUAAAAUACACUCAAACUGGACAGAAAUAAAAUA